AUGGCCACUGAAGAAUCUCCAAGCACCGACCUCAUCACCCUCACUCGACAUGUUCUCCAUGAUCAGCUCAGAUUGGGUACCGCAGCCACAGGAGACUUGACUUUACUCCUGACCGCAAUUCAAGUCACUUCCAAGUUCAUUGCAACUAAUGUCAGGAAGGCUCGCCUCAUCAACCUCGUGGGGCUUGCCGGGGAGACCAAUAUACAAGGAGAAGAGCAGAAGAAAUUGGAUGUUUUAUCAAACGAUAUCAUGAUCAAUGCCCUUCGUGCUUCCGGGAAGACUGCUGUUCUUGUUUCAGAGGAACUCGAGGAUGCUAUUAUAAUUGAUGGAAAUAAUAAAGGGAAAUACUGCGUCGUCUUCGAUCCACUUGACGGUAGUAGCAACAUCGACGCUGGCGUUAACAUCGGAACAAUCUUUGGUAUAUAUCGUGUUAGGCCGGAUUCUUCGGGAUCGAUUGAAGACGUAUUGCGGCCAGGGAGUGAGAUGGUCGCAGCGGGUUAUACCAUGUACGGGUCGUCCGCCAACUUAGUUUUCUCUACUGGUCAAGGUGUCAAUGGAUACACACUUGACCCGUCUCUCGGGGAAUUCAUCCUUACCCAUCCUUCCAUCAAAAUACCCUCUCGCGGCAAGAUCUAUUCAUUCAAUGAAGGAAAUUCUAUGUAUUUCCAUCCUCCAGUAGUCAAUUACCUGAAAUCGAUCAAAUACCCUACAAACGGGAAAUCUCCAUACAGUGCCCGGUAUAUUGGAUCGAUGGUAGCCGAUGUUCACCGUACCUUGCUAUAUGGUGGUAUUUUCGGAUACCCCGACGACAAAAAGAGUAAAAGCGGCAAACUCAGGCUUUUGUACGAGGCUUUUCCAAUGGCCUAUUUAACUGAACAGGCUGGUGGAAUCGCUACGACGGGGAAGAAGCGUAUUUUGGAUAUCAUUCCCACGAACAUACAUGAACGCUGCCCCGUGUUUUUGGGUUCACGAGACGACCUUCAGGAUCUGAUGAAGUUUUAUCAAGUGGAUUCUGCAUGA